AAAUAUUACAUUUUUCCUAGUACCAUACAUAUUUCCGUACUGUACUUAGUGGUACUUAUACAGUCGUCGGAUAAUGUCAAACAUAUCAAAACGCCCGACACCCACGAUGAAAAGCAUUUCAUCAGUGCCGCGAUCUUCUCGGGGCCGCAAUUUUCUCAAUGAGAAUAAGGUGAGCUUGAGCACCCUGGAAAAAUCAACGAGUAAAAAACUAGCAGCGAAGGAGCCGGUGCGUCCGGCAUGGAUGCCGACACCUAUGCGUCGCUCGGAUCCCGAGGUACGGGAAUCGAAAGGAGGAAAACCCCCUCCAGUAUCGGUAUCCAGACAAAGCACCCGGGAAACCAGUAUGACACGCAACCGCAACAACUCUCGCUCGCAUUACCAAUUGGGUGUGGGCGCUCCAGAGUCUGGUCAACGCUAUGGCGGCUUUGAAAAGCGCAAUCCUGUGGUUUAUAACCCACAGAAAGAUGUGGUACAUUCGCCGGACAAUUAUACAGAGCGCUGCAAUUCUUGCGGCAUCCAACACAGCUCCACAAGCAUCGGCAUACAGACAGAGGAUAUCACCGAUGAACGCUUUCUUACAAAAGCCCUGCAAAAAUGCAGUUUUGAUGGUGGACCUAUGCUGAGUGAGCUGACCAAUAAAUACGAAAACAACUACAAACAGUCCAGUCGGUACGAUAAAAACGAAGACGAGGAUCUGCUGUCACCUCGCACAAAUGGCAAACAACAACAGCACAGUCGCUUCAACAUGAAUGAGUUGCAAAUUGAUUUGAAAACUGAAGUCGCUUCGGAUGAGGAGUCUGUGCUCAGUGGCCGCAGCCGUUUUUCAUCAAAUGCUAGCACUACGUCCAUGACAUCCCAACGCCGCGAGCUCAAGCUGGAGAAGGAGAAGCGCGAAAAGGCUGCGACCAAGGAGCUUGCCGGUCUUAGUCUGCACGCGAAUCAGGAUCGUGUUGGGCACUUGAACAGCGCACAGAAGCGCUAUGAUGAUCUCAUCAGUGAGCUAAAUCACAUGCCCAUCACCUCACAGACUAUGCGGGUGCGCAGCCGCAAGGCAGAAAUCGACAAGGAGCUGGCUAUCGUAGAUGAGGAGAUACGCGUCUACUCCAAGCCCAACUUAUACAUCAACUCUACCAAAUAUAAGUAAAGUUGAUAGCUAGCUACACGCAUCGUCCCAAAAAAAAUUUUUUCGGUAUCUGACUAGUAGUAUUAAGAAUCCCCUAAACUAUACCUACACCAUACUAAACAGUACAUAUACCCUACGAAAGCUUUAUGAAAUUAAUCUAGUUUUGUGUUUCGGCGUCAUUAAGAGAGUCAGUCUUAUAAGUGUAUACAGCAGAACAACAACUCCAUUAAACACCACAGAGCUUGGCUUGCAAAAUUCUAUAAAAUUGUUAAAUAAAUUUAAAUUAUUUAUAUGAUA